UCACGCAGGAAUUUUUUCAGAUUUUUCCGAGCAGUUUUUCCCUCCGAAAACGACUUUUGAAGUUCGAAAUUUUAAAAUGCCGCGUUUGCCCGCGUUUUAGCGGCAAUCCAAAAUGGCGCCGGAAUUACCCCCUGAGAUUUGACCACACAUCUCCGCUGACGUACCUCUGUUGAGAGGGACAACCUAAGCCGGCUUGUGAACAGUAAACAACAACAAAUCCGUUCUCAUAUCACUGACGCAACAGGUGUUUGUGUUCGUUUUUUGUCCACGGUGAUUGUGUUUUUUGUCGUUUUAGUUUUUCGCAAUGUCGAGAAAGGUAAAUUAUGUGUACUGUUUUGUGCCAUCGUGCAAAAACACUUCAGUAUCAACUCCGGAGAAGAUAUUUUUUUCCGUGCCUUAUGGUGAGCUGAGGAAAGAGUGGUGUGGGGCUGUGGGUCGAAGCCCCAACUCUUUGAGUGAAAAGACCCACCGAAAAUGCUGCGAAGACCAUUUUAAUCUGGAGGAAGAUGUUACAAACUGGUUUGAGUACAAGAUCAUCAAGGAGGCCGGCACCGAAACUGCCCUCCCAACUUUGAGACUUAGGAAGGGAGUUCUGCCAAAAAUCGUUAAUGCUGAAAAUAUCGAGCUUCCUGGUAGAGGGGAGACAGCUGAUAAUGUUCAUAAUACCGGAGACGAUUUUCAAAAUCAGAAUCCUGAAAAUAUCGAACCUGCUGAUGGAGGGGAGACAGCCGAUAUUGUUCAUAAUCCCGGAGACGAUUUUCAACUGAUACCAGAGACAGGUGAUAUUGUUCAUAAUUCUGGAGACGAUUUUCAACUGAUACCAGAGACAGGUGAUAUUGUUGAUGAUCCCAAGGACAAUUUUCUAAAUCAGAUUACUGAAAAUAUCGAAGGCGGAGAGAUAUUGAGUUCGGUUAAAGUCUACGUUCGCACUGAAGAAAAUUCCGCACAGGGGACAAAAAGAAAGUUGGAUAAGGCCAAUCAAGUUAAUUUACAACUCUCUACUGUUCACAAAAGGACCCAGGUUAAUUUACGACCCUCAACUGUCAAUCAGGAGACCCAGACAUCACCAAUCAAAAAUCGAUCUGGAAGUUGGACAGUGAAGGAAAAGAAAAGGUUUAAGGAAGAUAAUUCUGAGAGCGAGUUGGAGAAAACCCUUUCUCAGUCAUCUGAUAAAUCUUGGCACCCAUCUCACACAUCGCAGAGCUCAUCACAAAGCUCUCAAAAUUCCACAAAAGAAGAGCUCCUAAGUGUACAGCUGAAAACCAUUUUUGUUGAUUUGAAUGUCAAGCUUAUGGAAAAGUACCCCAAAAGAUACCUAGGCAUUCCAAAGGAUAAGUUAGGAUUAAUUGAAGUCUUAAUAACCUUUUCUAAAUGUACAAAAAUGAAUAUAUAUAGAGCUCUUAGAAAAAUCCGAAAAAACGAAUCUCUGGAUGAUCUUGCAGAUGUUUUUGGAGUUUCGAAAACAGCCGUUUCGAAAUCCAUCAAUAAUACAAUCCCUGAACUUGCAGCAUGCCUGUCUACUUACAUUAUUUGGCCACCCUCAAAUAUAAUUAAAAGCAAUUUGCCUGCUUCUUUUAGGAUUAAUUAUGCGAAUGUUGAGACAAUCAUCGAUUGUUUUGAGAUUUUCAUAACUCGUCCGUCUGAUCCUGUAACACAAGCACUUGUCUAUUCCGAAUACAAACACCAUCAUACAAUGAAAUACUUAAUAUCUGUUACUCCGGAUGGUCUUAUUAAUUUUAUUUCUAAAGGCUAUGGUGGAAGAGCCACUGAUGUUCAGAUUGUUAAAACUUCUGGCUACCUUGAUCAUUUGAAACCAGGCAUGGUUGUCAUGACUGAUAGGGGUUUUAAGGAAUUAGCCCCAAUUCUUAUUCAAAAGAAAUGUACUCUUGUUAAGCCACCCAGCGUAAAACAAGGGGUGAAGCUCAAUAAAAAUGAUGCUAGAGUGGCUAAGAUAGUUGCAAGCCUCAGGAUGAAUGUUGAGCGUGUUAUUGGGAGAAUCAGAGAAUUUCACUUAUUUUAUGCGCCGCCUUUUCAUCACAACCUGUUGCACCUUGCAGAUCAGUCUGUAACCAUUGGAUGUGCAUUAGCAAAUGUUCAAAACCCUCUGUAUGUGUGAACAAGCUUUCAGUUUUGAUUCCUCUACUAAUUAGCUCAACAUUCAAACUGUAUCCAGAAAAUUUUGUAACUUAUUUCACUUCUAUCGUAACAACAGAAAGCUCUUCAAUCAGUGUGUAGGCAACACAUAUAGAACUCUAGCACAAUAGUAAUAAUCUUACCAUGUAAUAUCAAUUAAAGUAAUUCGAUGGACACCAUAUUUUGGGUCAGAACGACGUGCAAUAUAUCGCAUCAAUUUAUUUCAUGUUUUCAGAUACUUAUCAUUUUUCUCCAAUUUUGACAUGACAUUUCUUUUAUCACGAGACUAAAAAAUUUACUUACCAAACUUAACAAAGGAAGUCAUUGUAAUGAAGGCAGGGUUUAGUUAGAGGAAAAAUAUUGCAUUCGAGUGUUGUUUCGAUAUCAGUAUCGAAUGUGACAUUUCUCCUCUAAAAAAAAACCUUAACUUCAUCAGGAUGAACUUGCUCGUUAAAUUUGGUAAGUGAAUUCUUUAGUCUUGUAACGACAGAAAAGCAAUUUCAAAAUAUGAGAAAAAUUACAAAUAGCCAAAAACAUAGAACCAGUGGAUCCAAUUCAUUGCACGUUGUUCUGACACAAAAUAUGACGUCCAUCAAAUCACCUUACUUAUAAUCUGUGCUUCUUGGUAGUCAGAAGUUUUACAUUAGAAAUCUCAAAGCAGUCAACCCUCUAUGGCAUAAAUCAAUUUUAGGUUUUGGAUUCUGGGGGACACAAAUCUCUCCUAAAGCUUUCGUAAAGACAUAGACAUUUCUCCACUAAAAUUACAAAAUUUUGGUAAUAAUUUUUUUUUUUUUAAACACUUGGCAAUAUUAUGUCACGGAGAUUUAAUCCAAUUUUUAAAGAACCAAGAAACGGGUUGUUACGACUAAGUAACAUUAUGCCAUAGAGGGUUUAUGAAGGUCUCAACAUUCUCAAUCUGUUCGAUUAUUCCUAAAAGGAGCUGGUAGAGUAAUGCUGCGUCCACCCCAUUCUGUCAGGAAAUCAAAGCCAAAAACAAGGAAACUGGCAUUAAAGUCACAAAAUGAACUCUAAUGAGUUCUUGUGCAAGACUGAGGGGGAAGUGUGAUGUUCAGGCAGAUGUAUUGGAGUAUUAUUGCACUACAUCUGCCUGAGCUUAACACUCUCCCCUUUCAGCCGUGCACUGAAACUAAUUGAAGUUCAUUUUUUGAAAUUCAAUGCUAAUUUUUGGAUUUUUUGACAUCAAAUUCCUUGCAGAACAGCAUGGACCAAGCACUUUUCUACAAUCUUGUUGUUCACAGUAUUCACGCCACAUUUUUAGUGUUUUUAUCUUGUUGCAUCAGAACUUUUGCUGAAACUUCAAAAAUAUCUGCAAGAUCAUUUAAGGGUUCGUUCUAAUUGGAAGUAUAAGUUUUCAGUCACCGAAUUAUUUACAGUCCUAAGUUGAACUGGUCUCAUUUGUAAAACUUGCAGUUUUAAGACCGAUUCAGCCUCCUUUUUGAGCCAAGCAUUGCAAGUUCUGUCAGACACAAUUUACAGUCAGUUUACUUUCACUCAAAAUUUUCAAUUUGGUGUUUCAUUUUUUCCCUCUAAAUCAGGCGCUAGUUUAAUUGUAGUUAAAAACAAAAUUUCUCAAAGCUGUCAGCAAUUUUUUAAACGUGCAUAGUCUUUAAGACUGUCUGGUCAGAAAUAUCAUCAUGUACAAUGUGUCGGCUUAAAUGGCCUAUUUCAUUUAAAAAGAUAGAUUAAUAUUGUAUUUAUAUGAUGAAGGAACCACAUUGAAGCCAUAUAAUAUUUUAAUUUUGACUUACAAAGUACUUUCAAUUUUUAGAAGGUUUAUAGUAAACAGAUGGUUGAUGGAAUUUUAAGUUUCAUCAAUAAAAUGAGCGUCAGAAAAUAUCCAUUUUCAUUUUGUUGAAGAGGUUGCAUCCUUGAAUAAAAUGAGUGUUGUAAUAUCCAUUUUAAUUCUUUUUAAGAAGUUGCAUCCUUGCAUUAUAUUUAAUGUACAAUAGUUUUACCGUUUCACUUGUUUUCAAUUUUGUCUAGUCAAUAUCUGUUUUAGUGUGUGAUGCAAACAUUUCCUGCUAGCAAAGCAGCAUAAGUUUUCUUUUAAAAUGGAACCAAUUUUUUUCAACAAAUUGUGUAUGUCUAAAAUGAUCUCGAAAGAGGUAAGAAACUUCAGUUAUGAAAUUGUUACUGUGAUUGUCAUUUUUUAAUUUUGCAUUGAUAUUUAUGCUACAUAUUUGCUCUCUCAAUUUUUGAAAAUUCAAGGCCUCUCGAGUAAGAUGAAAAAGUUUCUCCAUAAAGAAGCUUUUAAACUCUCCUUUAAUUUCUUUUAGAAAUAUUCUGUACACCCGCCCUUUGAGGGCAAAUAUGCGUAUCUUGCCAAUAAAAAAAUUGCAAUUCA